AUCACCACCACAACAGCGCAAUGGCCUCGAAACAAGCACAAGGCGGACAGCCAGGCCAGAUCGAGAUAACAUCCCUCCCCGUCCCCCGCCUCCAGGAACUAAAAACCCAACUCGACGCCGAACUCACCCACCUCUCAAACUCGUUCCAAUCCCUGCGGACGGCGCAAUCCAAAUUCCGCGACUGCCUCGCCUCCAUAACCACGGGCCUCACCCCCGCAACCGUCAGCAAACCGCUGCUCGUGCCCCUAACCUCGUCGCUGUACGUACCCGGUAAACUCACGGACCACGAACACGUGCUUAUAGAUGUGGGCACGGGGUUUUUUGUGGAAAAGGAUAUUGCGAGCGCGAAAGACUUUUAUGAGCGUAAAGUCAAGGAUUUGGGCGAGAGUUUAAAGGAUUUGGAGGGCGUCGUGCAGGGGAAGGCGCAGAAUGUUAGAGUCGUGGAAGAGGUUAUUAGGCUCAAGGUCAUGAAUGCGCAGGAGGGGAAAGAGGAGGAGCAUGGGAGUUGAAAGGGCUGAUGGGUGUAUGGGAUGCACAUUUCGAAAGCACACGACUACUGGUCGUACGGCGCACGAAUGCAGGCACAGACUGGCGAUACAAGCAUGUCCUCAAUUUUCAUAGAGCAACUAUGUGUGGAAAUCUGAUACCAGCUCACAUCGAGACUAUAGUACAGGGGGUGGCAUGUUUGCCCAUUGCUCAUUCAAGCACACUGAGUGACAUCGAGCUGUUCAACUUGAAGCAUGUAGAAAAUGCACCAACGGAUUCCAUUACC